CAGACGAAAAGUGACUGAACAUACAUUUAAAAUCAUUUAAAAUGGAAACAAUUUUGGGUGUGAAAGGAAAUGAUUUCGUCAUUCUGGCCUCGGAUACCAUGAAUGCCAAGUCGGUCAUGUGGCUGGAUGACGAGAAAGCCAAGACCCACCGCAUCACGGACAACUGCAUGAUGUCAACCAUUGGCGACUGCGGAGACUGCCUGCAAUUCUCGGACUUCAUCCUCCGGAACAUGGAUCUUUACAAGGUGACCAACGGAUACGACUUGACAGUUCGCGGAGCGGUGCACUUCAUCCGGAGCAAUUUGUCCGCCUAUCUGAGGUCCAACAUGAAGUACCAGGUGGCGUUGUUGGUGGGCGGAUUCGAUUUGAACACCGGUCCCGAGUUGCACUACAUCGAUCAGUACGGAAACUCGAUUCCCAUCCGUUACGGUGGCCACGGAGCCGGCAUCAACUUCUGCACUCCCAUUUUCGAGGAGUUCUACAGGACGCACAUGAAUACGCAGGCAGCCUAUGAUGUUAUCAAAAAGUGUGUGAUUGAGUUGUAUAAGCGAUUCGUUAUCAACUUGCGCAACUUCGAUGUGUUCCUGAUAGGCAAAGAGGGCAUAACCAAGAUGGCUCCCAUGAACCAGGAGUCCCUUAGAGCGGAUAUCUUAGCUGGUCCCAAGCGAAGGACAUUAAACACAAAGUAGUCAUCGAAAUCCUUUAUAUUUUUGUAGCC